UGAACCCUCUCACCUAACCUCAAUGGAGGUGAAACGGGAAUCGAAAUGGAACCGUUGUCAAGCGUCGUUCAAAAGCUAAUCGGUCGCCGUUUCUCAACCUAUCCGUCGUCUACUACACGUAUACUCUCGAGAUACUUCUCCAGCGACUCGGGAUACAAUAACUCUGUGCUUCACGAGAGCGUGGAGUUGACUCGAACUCCAGUUCUGGUGGAGGGAUGUGACUAUGAACACUGGUUCGUGGUUAUGGAGGCUCCCAAGGGAUACCCACUUCGAGAUGAGAUCGUCAACACCUACAUUAAAACCCUAGCCAUGGCUUUGGGAAGUGAAGAGGAAGCCAAGAAGUCUAUAUACUCUGUUUCCACCAAGUAUUACUAUGCAUUUGGUUGCAAAGUCCCAGAAGAUUUGGCUUUUAAGAUUAAAUCGCUGCCUAAUGUGAAAUGGGUUUUACCAGAUUCUUAUUUAGGCGAUCAUGGUGAUAAUAGCUAUGGAGGAGAACCAUUCAUUGAUGGAAAGGUUGUUUCUUAUGACGAUAAGUAUCACUCUGGCUGGAUUCCGACUCGAAACGAAGAUGAAAGGAAAGGAACUACUCAUCCAGAAAGAGCAAGUGGAAAACAAAGGAAACAGUAGCAUAAUUGUAGGCAUGCCACUGAUACUACUGCACUUCAGCUUUGUCAUGUAUGAAUUUUUGAAACUUACCGAGUCAGUGCCUCAAUGGAACCUCGGAUAUUCCGUAUUUGUUUCACUCUUCCGCUGUAUCAAUUAGUACUUUUCGGUGGAAACCGUAGUCAAAGUUAAUCUUUGCAUUGCUGGUCGAAGCUUGAUAGUAUCGGCUUAUGAUGCGAGUUUGAUAAACUACAACCGAAAAGACCAGUUGUCCAACGAGCAGCCAUUGGCCUACUUCUGAUCUGCUCAGAGGGAUUUAAGAGAUAACCAUCCAAUUGAUACGUAUGUAUACGUAUAUGUAUUAUGAAAUGGUACAUGUUGAAGAUACGAUAUUUAGAAUGUCAGGCAUAGCUUGGAAUUACGUCUGCUUUGUGUAUAUAUACAGCAUACAUGCUUAUAGCUCCUUGAGGGGCAUUUUUUUAA